AUGCAAUACAUUAAUUUUGUGAAAAUAAUUUUUAGUGCACUGAACUACUAUUGUUCCAACCUUGGAAAGGUCAAAGGUCACCGUGUUUUACUGCACGUGGGCAAUAAUUUCGAAAAUCAGGAAAAGAUGGAUUCUGACAGCGAGCAGACUGGCCUCUCUUCACUGGACCUGGGCUCAGAGAGCAGAGGAAGCUCUGUCUCUACGGCCCUAAGGGAAGAAUACGAAGACUUGCUGCGCUACGCAGUGGUAACGCCGGUUGUAGACCUCUCCAACAAGGGACUAAAAUCUAAUAAGAUGUCUAAAUCUCAGUACCAUCCCUCAUCCAUCGUGCCCCCUCAACCACAGUCACCAUAUACACCGAUACAGCCUCAAGUGAACAAGGUGGCGUCAGACAUUAGUGACCCCAGUGACCUCCAACAGCCCUCAGAGCCACGCCUACCCCCUCCAUUCACAGCCAUGACAGUACAACAUGAAAUAAUAACACAGCCCAACAGAUCACAUGACACUCAUCACCAGUCACACGAUGUCCCUAGCGAGUCACAUGAUGAGUCAGUGGAGUCACAUGACGAGAUUGGCAUGAGGUCACAUGAUGUAGACCCGGAGAUGGUGAGAUUAGAGUCCCAAUUAGAUGGAUGGUGUUUGGACCUCAAACGAAACAUUCUGGCAGAGUUUGAGCAGGGUCGACUGAGAUUGCUCGAGAGGAGGGAAGCUGAUCACCAGAGGGAGAGGCAACAACAUGCCUAUGAGCUUGGUGAGGCUCGUGCUCAGUUGGAACAGUUCAAAGAACUAUUGGUUACGUAUGAACAGUCAAUAGGUCGGAAGGACCACGUCAUAGCCAACCUCACGGCAGCACUCCAGAAACAGAAAGAGCGCGUGGAACUCCAGCGAAGCUUUGGCUCUUGGAAGCUGCGUCACUCCGAUGAGAGAAGAGAGGCAUUCACUGGUGUCCUAGCCAAGAAACAUCAUAAUAUGAGGGUCAAAGGUCGUGUGUGGGAGGCGUGGUUUGGUAUCAUUCAGUCACGAUGGAAACAAAGAGUGGAAAAAGCUUGUAAAAGCAAAGCGGAGGAGGUGUGUGUUCAGCUGAGUGGAGAUUAUGAGGAGCAAUUGGAGGCUUUGGGGCGGUCACUGGAGGAGUCUUCAGUUGAAGUACAGAGGCUCAAAGCAGAGAGAGAUUUGUACGAGGAGAACAUGAAGAAAGCGUUCAUGCGAGGAGUGUGUGCACUAAAUAUGGAAGCCAUGUCAAUGUUCCGAUAUCGAGAUGCUGAUGACAGUAACCAUAGCAAUGGACCAAGUAACCAUGGAGACGAGAACAAUACUCCGGAAGAUGUUUUGCCAUCAUGUGAAGAUAAUGACCAUAUUCAACACACUCCUACCCCGAGCAGUGACCCUCCACCUGCAAGGAAUGGACGUACCUCAGCUCCCGCAAGUCAUGUGACAAGAACUGCAAGUCAUGUGACAAACACGGCCAAGAGAGGUAGAGGUGCUUCAAGACCAGACGUUGUUGUUCAAAAACACUGACUGUUUUUUAUACACUGCAUCAUCCGUUGUACUAUUCUCCAUUACUUUUUGAACACUAUAAUUAUAAUUAUGUACAUGACAUUAUUCAUUUCACCACGAA